CAAAUUAGGAUUAACCACCUUUUAAAACUUUGCCCAUUGUGCUACGAGGGAACCCUGCUCAGUCUAGAGCUCGGCUGAAAAAUGUCGUUCACUGACAUACUAGCCGUCGUCGGGGGAUUUAUUGUUGCUUUCCACCUGCUGAAGUUGGCCUGGAGAUGUUGGUGUGGAUUCAGACAGUUUGUUCUGUCAGAGCUUUGGCAGAUGAAUUUAAGGUCAUAUGGGAAAUGGGCAGUUGUCACCGGUGCCACGUCUGGCAUUGGUAAAGCUUAUGCCAAUGAGCUGGCGCGAAGAGGCCUGGAUGUUGUUUUAGUGAGCAGAUCUAACGAUAAACUUCAAAUGGCUGCCAAAGAGAUAGAGGAUCAGUAUGGACGAAAGACUCGCACCAUCCAAGUGGACUUCACAGACGGGCACAGCAUCUACCCUGUUAUAGCCAAAGAACUACAGGGGCUGGAGAUUGGAAUUCUGGUUAACAAUGUAGGAAUGACCUGUUCGGAUAAUUUUGCAUAUUUCCUGGAAAUACCAGAAGCUGAGCAGAAAAUCACUCAGAUUAUCAACUGUAACAUGCUGUCUGUCCCUCAGAUGACUAGACUGGUUCUUCCAGACAUGGUGAAAAGAGGGACUGGGCUGAUCAUAAAUAUCUCCUCUGAAGUGGGCAUCCACCCGCAGCCUUUGCUGUCCCUUUAUUCUGCCACUAAGAUUUUUGUGACAUACUUCUCUCAGUGUCUGCAUGCUGAGUACAAGUCGCAGGGAAUUAUUGUUCAGUGUGUCGCCCCUUUCCUGGUCUCCACCAACAUGACAAAAAACAUGCCAACGAACCUCUUCGUGAAGAGUGCUGCAGGCUUCGUACGGGAGGCCUUGAACACCGUGGGUCUCUCCAGCUACACCAGCGGCUGCCUGUCCCACGCGCUCCAGGACAUGGCGCUCACGAUACUCCUGCCCGACUGGCUUCGCAUGUCAUCGGUCCUCAUCAGAAAGCUACGACACCUCGUGAUAGUCAGCAAAUACGAAAGAGGAGCGCGCAGGGAAAAGGAGAAGCACGGUGACAAGGAGGAGUAGCCGUGUGCCUGCAUCUGCACAGAGGAGGAAAAUCACUUGAUGAAUAGAUUACUGACAAGAUUGUGACUUUUGCAGCUGAAUGGAGACAUUACGAUAUAAUCAGCGUAGGUCCGCUUCUCACAUACAUAAAAUGUAUGUAAUAUUGCAGCAAGGUGGCUUUAACUCAUAGGCCACACACUACAAGUAAAUACUGUGAAAUGUAUUUAUUCUCAAUUAUUUUAUUUAUCUUUGGAGCAAAAAUGUUAAACAGUC